AUGGCAAUCGUCCAUAAUCAAGGACCGAAAACCGAACGUGUUCGCCGGAAAGAAGAAAUACUAUUCACAAAGUUUCAGCAAAAGUUCAAGAGAUUAGGGCAUCAAACCAAUCCCGCAAUAGAAGCAAGAAUUAAAGAAGGGCUAUCUGAAUUAAUUUCGGUUCUGGGAACACCUUUUCUUGUCGAUCCAUCGUUUAAAGCUCAACAAAAACGAAGGUUUAAUACAGCAAUAAGGGAGAAUAUUCAACAUCCGUACCCAAAGUCCGAUGUCGGCGACCGAUCGGUUCUUGAAGUUCAGGGCAACAAAGUGGGCGUUUUUGAUGAUCCAGAGACUAAAGAUUCGGCGGCUAAGUUUAAUUACAUUGGGUCUGAAUUUGAGGACUGGAAUCUUGAAGGGUUAUUUAAUUUCGAUGAUUUGGAUGUCGGAAAUUCCAGUGCAAUGUUUCUUGAUAAAUAUUCUAUCGAUAAUACUAGUGAUACUACAAAGUAUUCUAGAGAUGAGAUAUUCAAUUUGUCAUUGCCUAAAGAAGUUUGUAAAGCUUUUGGAGGACCUAUUAAAAUGAUUAUCGUGUUUAUUUGA